AUGCCUAUCAUCAGCAAGCUGGUCAAAGGCAUCGGGGCAGGCAUUGGGGCAGCUUCGGAGGCCAUCGCCGACCACAAAGAAAAGAAAGCUGCCAGAGAGCGUGGCGUUUCCCCUAAUCCUCUAGGCGAAAAUGAGACGGGUGAAAGCUCCAGGUCUACAUUUGAGCCUGGAGCCCACGGCAGUCAUUCAGAAGACAAAAAAACUCACGCACACGGAGACAAGGACGACGACUCCUCGAGCGUGGGCAGUUCAGACUUGGACAAUGACGCGGCAGAAUGGGCACUUGAUGAGGCGGCGGAGGAACUUGACCAACCACCUCCAACUUAUGAGCAAGCAGCAGCGACAAGCCCUGCGUCCGACGAAGAGGUCGCAAAGGCCUUUCUCAACGAGCACAAGAUCGCUCCGACUCCGUCUCUGACAUUGAAACCGCUCCCAUCUCCAGUCAUUCUCCCUCAACGCCGGCCUAAAGACAAAAGCCGGGGAUUUGUUCGGGCAUACGCUCCUCUCUUGGGUGAAUGCGCCGGUAUCGAUCAGAAGACCUUCAUCGAUUUCGUCAACGACCUGGACACAGCUUCCAAGGCCAGCCCAGUCUUCGACGUGAUCAACUUGGCGUGCUUUGCUGUGGGUCUGGUGCCCAACCCGAUCACCAUGGCCGUCAGCAUUGCGGUACAGGUCGCCAGUGGCACUGGCAAAGAGCUCCAGUCCCGCUACCGCCGCAACACCUAUCUCGACCAAAUCAACGAAUCACUCUUCAAACCGCGCGGGCUGUACUGCCUGAUCAUGACCUUCAAGCCGGACGACCCCCAUCAUCCGGUCCUCGGCAUGGACCUGUCGAGCUCCCAGUCAACCGAUCAGGCCCUCGUCAAGGCAACCUCAAUCCCCGACUCGGAACUAAAGCAGAAGCUCGCCAAGAUCCGUCUCACCUCCGGCGUCAGUAAAGGCGAGUUCUCCCUCCCCGAAUCGGCGCCGCUCAUCUACCCGGCCCUCGACGCCGCCGCCCAAGCGGCACUCGACAGUGCUGGAGGGACCUCGGGCGCCACACAAAAAGUCCUCCCUCAGAGCACCAAGGACAAGUUACAUUCGUCCUCGGGCUUUCUCGCGAACUACCUCGAUCGCCGGGCCCAGGCGUCGUACGCGGGCAUGCACCCAGACAGCAAACUGGUGAUGCCUCCGCCCGAGAAGAAGUUUGCGUCGCGGUUCUCCGACCCCAAUCAUCCCGCCAACUCGGGCACCAUCCUCGGCCUGCUGACCGGCGGCCACUUCGACCCAAAGGCCAAGCGACGGGGCCGUCGAGCCCAGCGACAUGCCCGGUGGCGAGGCUACGAGCUGAGCGAGACGGACGUGCGGAACGCCGAGAUGGGCCGACUGCCCCGGCGGCACCAGGGGCUGAUCCGCCGUGUCUUGCACAAGAACAUUCUGUAUUUGACCAUCGUCAACUUGCCCAGCGAGAGCGAGAUGCGGGAGAAUAUGCAGCAGCUCGAGAAGGCUGGCAGCAAGUGA